CAAGGCUCAGCCAUACUCCGUGGACGGGGGUAGUGGUGAUCUUCUCCAUAUCUAUCCCUGGUCAUUUAGGUGUCCGCUUGGUCAUUUUGCCCAGGCGAUGGUGGAUAUUCCACCAGGUACAUCAGAAGACGGUACGUCGGCGUGAGGCGUCUAUUUUGCUAGAGUUGACAACGCGGUUUUCUGGACGACAUGGACGGCAUGGUUUACAAUGAAGACGUAAGGCUAGGUGCGGCUGAAUGGUUGCAGAUUAUAGAAGAAGGCGGCCGCCGUCUGCAAGAGGUUGUGGAUAUUCUGUGCUCGAGUCGGGGUGAUCAGCUAGGGGCUGUARGGGGGACAGUYACACUGGYGCAAUGGCUGGAGGACAUKAUGCAGAGCAUGCUUGAUGUCAUUUGGGAGUUGGAGGAGGGGCCGGCUCCUUCGCUCAUUGAUUUUGUGGAUUGGCAUCAAGCAGGCCUUCUUAUGCACAGAUGCUAUGACAUCUKCAGGAAAGKGCAGGAUCGCUGUGCAGUUUUGGAGGCGGGAUUGUUGGUACGCUCCGACAGGAGGGAUCAGAGGUGGGGUGCGGGCGAAGGACUGAUGCCGACAACGCCAGAGAUAACAAACGAAGAAAUCAGCGGCGAUAACAGCUUCAACAUCAAUAAUGAUUGCAACGACAACAACGGCAACAACAACAUCAACAGAGGUGACAGUACUAACGACAACAACGAGAACGUUGACAACGACAACAACAACAACAACAACAACGACAACGACAACGACAAUCAUUUCGAGAAUAUCAACUACAUUGUCUUGGGUGAUAUAUUUGAUAGCACCAGCAAAGGAAACGACAACAAUAACGGCGCUGUUGGGAUUGGUGGCGACGCUGACAAUGAUAGCACCAAUAACAUUAACAACAACGAUGAUGAUAGCGUGGGCUGUGAUGACAAGGACGAUAUGAACCGUGGCUGCAGUGGGACAAUUAGAGCUGUUGGUUGGCAGCGGAUCGGCGUGGGUUAGUCGGGGGUGAUUGGAGUUGCCCGGCCCGUAACACCAAUCAGGAAGGGGCGGUGGUGGGCCCUCUGGCGGGAGGUGGACUGUUUAGUUUUUUCCUUGUCAUCCCUGAUUUGUGCCUAUUGAUUACUAUGCUGUGCUGGAAGAUUGUUUCUCAGAACGCGUAACGAGGAUGCUUGCCAUUAGGGUUUGGGUCGCUGGGAAAUAAUCAAGGCCUUUGUCCCUG